GCUAGGCCAUCGUUAAGUUGGUGAAGCACGACGGUGCAUGCACAUGCUAGGCUGGGCCUAAAUUAACUAUUAAAAAAACCACAUACACAGUUGCACUGUUUAGUAAUUAGGUAGGCCUACAUCUUGUACGUAUUAAUUAGAUCUUCUGCUUCAUCAUAUAACUAUAAAUCGCCAUUGAUAUGGAAGAGGAGCAGUCUUUACAGUUAGGCCGUGAUGAACCUGCGACAGAGGGUACUGAUGAAGGGGUCGACACCGCCGGAGAAAUUCCUAUUGAUGCUCUGAAAGACAUUGAAGAAAUAAAAGAAGGGCUCGAUAAAAUACAUGUGGAGGUUCCAAAGAUCGACACAACUCCAAUCAUCAAUUUUGACAAAUUUCCAAUCACGUGCAAAGAGAAUACCACAAAAGAAAGACUGAUUCUACAGUAUGCUGAAAACUUUCGUCGCCAGUUCGUGCAUCUGUAUCGUGACAGGAAACCGCUGUUCCUAAAUCCCCUCAAUGAAUGCAAUGUCGAAAAGUUUGUAAGCACAACAAUUCGACCAACUCUGCUGCCGUAUCAAGAGCUAUAUACUUAUGAUGGUUGUGCAGAGUUUGUUGCAGAUUAUAUCACAUUUCAAAGGCUAGAUUCUCCCAUAGAGUUGCCCAGAAGCCUGCGUUCACCAACCAUGAUACUUGAGACGCAACAGGGGACCUCCUUUGAGAUGAGCACACUGCUUUGCUCCUUCCUUCUCGGAGCAGGCUACGAUGCAUACGUUGUAUGUGGUUACGCCAAUCGUGAAACAACGCUGUGUGAUGAAAUUAGGGAAGUUUGUCCACUUCUCAAGAAGAAAGAUGAGGUGAAGGAAGAAGAGAAAAAGAAAGAAGUAAAGAAAUAUACUGUCAAGCCACCCAAAGACCUACAGAGUAAAUUUAUUCGUAAACAAGAAUCGAGGAGAACCACGGAAAUAGAAAAAGAACUUGAAAAGAAACGACUUGAAGAGGAGCUAAAGCAAGAGGAGCUGGAGAAAGCGCCACCAGAUGAUUUACAUGGUCUGCGCAUACACAGCUGGGUGCUAGUCUUAUCAGGCAAACGCGAGGUACCAGAGAAUUUUUUCAUUGAGCCGUUUACUGGCAACUGUUUCCAGACGCAAGAUGAAAGAUUCCAUGGGAUUGAAUCCAUAUGGAAUAAUACAAACUAUUGGGUCAACAUGCAGGAUUGUUCCAAUGGCUGCAAGGACCUGAUCUUCGAUCUUGGAGAUUGCAUCAGAUGGGAGUAUAUGUUUCCAGGCAAUGAGAAACCAUCGUUAGAAACUGCUGAAGAAGAUGAUUUGGAAGGUUUUGAUGAUGAAGAGGACGAAGAGAAAGAAGAAGAAAAGUAUCUUGAUAUGCCGCCCUCGUGGUCUAGUGAAAUCAAACUGACACUGAAGCAGUUUCAGUCAAGGUGUCCGAAGGGCAAGAAGACACUUCUAUACAAAAGGUCAAAACUGGAGAAGUAUUCCCACUACCUGAUGGACGAUGGUCUUAUCACAAGACUCAGCAUGUAUAGUGAUAGAGAAAUGGAAGAUAUGACACAAGUGAAGGAAUGGUACGCACACAGAGCAGACAAACUAGACAGAAGGAUCCACAAUCUGAGAACAGGACACAUUACAGAAUACUACAAACAAGGAAGACAAAAGCAUCUCAAAGAACAUAUUUACAAGGCAGCGACCCCUGGUCCAGAAACUGAAAGGACGAUGAUCUUCUACCACCAUGCCAGAGUCGAUGGACUUGUGAAACGAGAAGAGUCGGCGACAGAGAUGACUGAGCAUUUCACAAACAGACGAGAUUUUCUGCAUUACAGGAAUGUUCAAUUUGGGAAGAGACAAAAGAAGUUAGAACCAGCUAAUGCUCCUACCCACAGCUCACGACCGAUAUUGAAAAUAACCAACAGAUUUCAUCGAAACCCCAAAAAACCAGCCAACGAGGACAUUGCCGAGUUGAUAUUCCAAAUCAAAGAUGAUCGGAUUCAGCUAACGUUCCAUCACCAAGACAACAAAAUCACAGCUUCCACAAGAGAGUUUAUCAAGCCUCAAAAUGCUAAUGACAAGGGAUCCAUUCUACAAUUCUCACCUGAUCUGACCCAGACAUUCCAGGUGAACCCACAUCAGAAAAACGCUAAGAACUUGGAAGUUUACAACAUGUUGGUGGAUAUGGUGAACCUAGAAGAUAAAACAGUUCAGACAGUUAGGGAGUCAGAGGAAGAGGUUCGAGAGAUUCUUGAUAAUCGAUUGAUAGAGGAGGCAAAAUCAGAUCUGAAUAUCUCGGUGUAUGAUACUGAAAGAAACGAGAAAGCUAAGAAACACAGGCUGGACAGGGAAAAACUGCUUCUUGAAGAGAAGAAACGACGAGAAGAGAUGGAGCUGGAUUACCUUGCACCAUUCUUGGCUCAGAAGGGGGAUCCAGAUCGUCUUAACAAAGAGCAAGCAUUUGAUCUGAAGAAAGACUGUCUGGCAGACUUGAAGCAGAGGCUGAUUGAUAAGGCAAACUUGAUCCAGGCCAGAUUUGAAAAGGAGACUGCAGAGCUUCAGAAGAAGCAGCAGUGGUACCAACAGAACCAGGUGAACAUGUUGAAAGAGGAUGAAGAGGAGUACCUGGAGUACUGUAGUGAAGCCAUGUUUAGGAUUCACAUCCUCGAGUUGAGACUCAACAGACAUAAAGAAAUGGCCCCACACAAGUAUAUGGCGUUGGAGCAACGGUUAAGGACAGACGCUCGUCUUGCUGAGUUCUUUUGAAGCUGACUGAAUAACUUGAUCCUAAAAGAAAUAAACUAAUUUGA